AUGACCGAGAAUACAACCGGCACACAAGAUGCGCCCACCAGGCAGACCUCAAUGCCAAAGCGCAAGCCAGUCCCGGUCCCAGUCACAUCUGCGACCGUUCCUGAUAUUCCGACCGACACAAAUGACGUUGCUGGCGAUCAAAAAAGGAAAUGGCCCUUGGUUGGACUGAUAAUCAUCUGGUGGACAUCCCAGAAACGAUCACGAAAGCUUCUUAUCAUCGGCGCCACCGUCACCAUUCUUCUAAUCGCGAUAAUAAUCGGUCUCGCUGUCGGACUUACUGUGGGCAAGAACCUAGCGACCGACAUGCUGACCUUGGAACGAAGCAAAAAAUCCAAACUUCCCUUGCCGACUUCCAAUGGAGGUCCAUACUCUGGAGACCUGACAUACUAUGACCCAGGCCUUGGGGCAUGCGGCGAUACCAAUACAGCCUCCGAAUUGAUUUGCGCGGUUUCCCAUAUCGUCUUUGAUGCGGCGUCGACGAGCUCAAAUCCCAAUGACAACCCUCUAUGUGGAUUGAAGAUUCGGAUUCGCCGUGAUGGGCAAAGUGUAGAUGUUACUGUCGUCGAUAGAUGCGUUGGGUGUGAAAAGACUGAUCUUGACGUCACCGAGAAGGCAUUUGAGCAAGUUGCGAAUAUACCUCAAGGAAGGGUGACUAUGGAAUGGGCGUGGCUAGAGAAAUCACCCGUGGACGCUUGA